AUGAUCUUUGGGAAAAAAAUCGGCAACGUCAUCAACGAGAUAGAGUCUCACGAGGAAUAUGAAGCAGAAGAAGAUUCACUCACCAAAGAGAGGAUACUCUUCGAAGAUCGGUAUUAUGAGAUGAAGGCAUCUUUGAUAGAUCGGAUCAAGGAGCGUCGAGAACCUGGUACAUCGGAACAGACGAUUCGGGGAGCUGAAAACACACUGGUGUCAUCGGGAGAGCAUGGCUGUCUUGAGGGAGAAGCCAAGGCAUUAAUUGAUUCAUUGAAGCUAACUAAGGGGAACUACACUAUCGCUUGGGAAACGCUACUCAAGCGAUAUAACAACAGUAAACUGCUUAAACUAAGGCAAGUGCAAGCUUUCUUUAAGCUGCCGGUUAUAUCAAAAGAGUCAUCAUCGGAACUUCAUAAGCUGCUGGAAGGGUUUGAUAGAAUCACUCAAACCUUGGAUCAAGUAAUUGAACCUGGUGACUACAAGGAUCUUUUGCUAAUUGAGAUUCUCAGCUCGAGGCUGGAUACCUACACCCGGAGGGGAUGGGAGGAACUGUCCUCUACUAAAGAAAAGGACACUCUCAAGGAUUUAACAGAAUUUCUUCACCGUAGAAUACGGAUAUUGGAAGCUAUACUCACUAGAAACACUGAUCCAAAACCAGAAGUAAUACCAGCGCCGAAGAAAAGGCCGUUUACCAUACGGGCCAGUCACAAUGCGAUACAAUCGUCAACUGCGAAAUGCUAUGCAUGCUCGGAUAGUCAUUGGUUACAUUUGUGUCCGACGUUUCAGCGUAUGGCAGCGGCUGGCCGGGAAAUAUUAUUACGCACACACUCGCUUUGCAGAAAUUGCUUCAGAAAGGGUCACCAGCCAAAGGAUUGUUCGUCUAAAUUUUCGUGCAAAAGAUGCAACGGUCGGCAUCACACAAUGGUUUGUUUUAAGACGGAAGCAGAUAGCAGUAAUAAAACUUCUCAGGUAGGAGAAACGUCGACCACACAGCAGAGCAAGGAGGCGGCGCUGACUGAAAUGAAACCGAAUACAAGGGUUGGUAAUGUCGCUGCUGUGAAGGUAACAGCCAAUGUUGCACAACAGCGUGAUUCAAGGGUACUUUUAGCUACUGCGGUUAUUAUCAUCGAGGAUGAUCAUGGUGUGAGGCAUACAGCGCGCGCCCUAUUAGAUUCAGGAUCCGAAUGCAAUUUUGUUUCGGAAAGAUUGUGCAAACAAAUGAACGUUGCCAAGGAAAGGGUAGAAAUCUCUGUGGUUGGAAUUGGUGCAGCUUCCGUUAGGGUGAAGCAUACGAUCCGCGUGAACAUCAGAUCGCGAAGCUCAACAUUUUCCGAGGUUAUGGAUUUCUUAGUAUUACCAAAAUUGACAUCAAAAUUGCCUACUGCAACGGUGCAGACUAUGGAAUGGGUUAUACCACAAGAGAUCGAGCUAGCGGAUCCGUCAUUCUUCGUUUCGAAUAGUGUGGACAUAAUACUUGGCAUUCAAUCGUUCUUCGGCUUCUUUCGGACUGGCAAGGUAAUGUCAUUAGGAGAAGGCCUACCACGGUUAACAGAAUCCGUUUUUGGGUGGAUAGUAUCCGGAGAGGCUGCAACAUUGAGUAAUUCGACGCAGAUCACCUGCAAUAUCGCGAUAUCUGACAAACUGGAGGAGAUGAUGGAAAGGUUUUGGUCCUGCGAGGAAGUAGGAGAUACACAUAAUUAUUCCCCUGGAGAAAGGCGUUGUGAGAAGCAUUUUAGUACCACUGUCCACCGAGGGUCGGAUGGACGAUAUACGGUUUCACUCCCAAAAAACGAAGACAUUUUGGCACGGUUGGGAGAAUCUAAGGACAUUGCGCUCAAACGUUUUGUCGGAUUAGAACGGCGAUUAUCUCGGGAUGAUAACUAA